AAAACCAUUAUCUUAACUGGAGUCUCUUAGCCUAGUAUUUGUUGUAACAACACGAGAAUGUAAACGGGACUUUUAACCAGCAUUUACGUCAAUUUAAAUAUGUAUGAGUUACUUAUGUGCUAAAUAAAGCAGCAGUCACUGUGUCAAUAAGGCCACCGUCGACCGAGGAAUGCGCUUCGUCAUAACAAGUUUUCCCUGGGGGUAAGAAGAAGAAGGAGGUCGGGGAGGGAAUAGGAGGAGGUUUGUUCUCAGCAGGGACUUUCCUCAUUUGCCCUCCAAAAAAAGUUGAAUCACAGGGCACCGUGCCGGAGAUGUUACCCGGUGUCGCCACGGAGGAGAUAUGCGGGCCUGUGCGCUGCGGUGGGGCCGCGGUGGUCUAUCCCUCCGUUCGGGAGUACUACUACUUAUUUUAAUCCCACCGGUUCUCCUAGCGCUCCAGCUCCUUGUCGUCGGGCCACGGUUACCCCGAGGCGCAAGGGCGGGGGCGGAGGAACAAGGAAUUGCCUUUUCGGUUAUCAGCAUUGAACCGGAGAGGAACUCGCGCCAACAGGAAUCCCCGUCCCGGCGUCCGGGUCUGAAGGAGGAAGAAGAGGAGGUAGAGGUGGAAGAUGCGGAGAGAAGGGAGGAAGCACGCGCCUAUGAGGAUGAGAACGAGAUGCACUCGCGCCAGAUGGGACCCACAACACUGGAAGUCCAGCCCUGGGCGACAGACAAGCCGUCCUUUGCAGCAGAACUCAAACGUAUCAUCACAUACAUCACCAGGCCACAGCUGAACUGCUCCAGGGUUUUGUCUCCAGGCCAGGCUCAGGCAUCACAGCCCCCUGCAGAUUCACCCCACUGGCUGCUGUGUGCGGAGGACUGGCUCCUUCCAGCUGCAGAUGGACUGUGUGUUGCCUACUCCUUUAGUAUGGAUGGGGGUGAUGCAGACUUUCUAAAGACUGUGUUAGGGCUGGGAUGUGAAGUCCACAGUUUUGAUCCCAGCAACUCCAAUGCAUCUGGUGGUCACCUUGGCAAUAGUUUGGCCAAUAACCAUGGUAAUGGAGGCGUGGUCAGCCAGCACAAGAUGUGGCUGGAGUGGCGAGCUCCAAGGAAGCGCAAGCAGAAAACAAGAGGCAACUUGGGUAGUGUUUCUCAAACACUGGCAGACAUCAUGGCAGCUCUAGGACAUCACACAGUUCACUUCCUGUAUGCUGACCUGCUAAGUGCUGAGUGGAGAGUUUUCCAGAACUUGAUUGAGUUGGGAACUCUGCAGAGUGUCCAUCAUCUGGUUGCCACAGUGCACCUGCAAUGGGCAGGGUUUGAGGUGGGCGGAACCAAUGAGGAAGUGCUCCGCUAUUGGUUCAGUGUCCUACUGGGUUUCCAAGCUUCUGGACUCAAGCUGGUCCACAGCUUUGCAGGAGAGGGUCACAGUGUCCUAAAACAGACAGUAGCAAAUGUUCACAGCUCCUACACACUCAGCUGGGCCAACACAAGACGAUGACGGUCACCGAUGAUUAUCGGUGUGGAUCUAUCAUGAUUUUGAUAUUGUAUUAGAAAAAAAGUGGACAAAAAAGUGGGAGACGAGCAACAGGUCCGCGCUGUUUAUAUGUAGUGUCUGCGGAUGUAUUUGAAGCCUGUGCUGGACGCAAGGGGGGGAAAGAAAAUCUUUUCGACUGCGCAUGCACAAAGGGAUAGGACCCAGUAGCGUAGCCUUAGAAGGUGAAGCCUAUACGAAAUGGAACAGUUUUUGUGUACAUUGCUGUAGGCCUUAAAGUUCUUUUAUGUGCAAUAAUUAUAUACAUUGAAGAGAAGAUUAAAUUAUAUUGAGACUAAUGCCUAGUGUGAAAUAUGCAGAAAUGCGUUCAUUGUACUGAUGCAUUUUUGCACUCCACUGUCUACUGUAUGACAAAGAAGAAAACAAUGAAACUGUGUUAUAAAUGUGCAUUAAUGCCAAAAUAAAAUACCAAA